AUUUUACGGGGUAUUAGUCUACGUUUUUAGAGUAAUAAUGAUUUUCAUAAUAAGGGUCAGUAAUGAUCUAAAUGACGUAUUUUCCUUUGACAUCACCGUUAAACGAUAGGUAAUACAACGGUAUGUUUUUAUAGAGGCGUACACUCCUAUAGGUAAAUAGCUUCUCUAAUGUUAAUUUCGUUUCUUUCGUCAUCUACUCGGUAGAGCAUCUAUAGUGAGAUGAUGUUCCUACAACUAACACAAUGGUAGCAACGGGAAAUCGGGAUUUUCAAUUACUUUCGGGUAGGGUUCGACGCGGGGUCGGAUAGCGAUGAUGGAUGUGGUCAUAAGGAUUCUCCUAUGUAGGUAGUUCGAGCAAGAACCGGGCAAACCUUGUCACCAAUGGAAACAAGUACCUUACAUUUGCGACGUUAUCUCGUGUGAAUAAACGGUUUCACGAUAGCUAGAGGUACGUGCUCAGGAGAAGAUUAAUAGCCUUCUAUGGACCAUGUAACAUGGGUGUCGCUUGUUUAUACUGCGAGUUGCACAUCUAUUGAUGCACAACUUUACACUUGUUCGAUUAAUUAACAGAAACAUUGUUUACCGAAGAACCACUUCGCUCUAAUAAUCGCCCAUGUGUAUAGUAUCAACUGAACACGGAACUAGGUUUACUUUUUGUACCAAUAAUAAUUAAAUCGACAAUUAGAUGUGAAUAUACUCUACUUUUCGAAAAGUGCGACAGUUCAUUUAAAACAUCCGGACGUACCAAUGAGGUUGGCAUUGACGUUCACUGUCAUUUCUUUUACUGUGCAGUGUACGAUAUCCGAUCAUUUUGUAAAAGACGGUCCCACAAAACAACUUUUAACUGUAAGUGUCGAAGGUUGUGACAUUAUGGAGACGAAUUAAAUCAAAUGGAAAAUUACUACACUGAAUGUAAAAGAUAACAUUAAUGUGUAAAAUAGGCCGAACAAGCGCUACGAGCUCCUCUUUUGGCCUCGCUUGCAUCAAAGCCGUAAUCGUGGCCGAUAUGGAAGUUAGUGGUAUGGAAAGAAUGCUUCAGUUUUGUGAGAAUUGCACAUUGAUCCCAAGUAGUUCGCAUGGGGAAUUUUAUGUCGUGGAACAUCUUAACGAAGCUCAGCUCAGAACACCGUUUUGUUACUGGCAAUGGUUGCAAAUUUUUUUGUUUCCCGCUGUCCUUGGACCAAUACAAUGAGCAACGGGCGCGUAUAAUAGAUAACUGAAGAUGACUCUACUCUGUUUGAGUAUACGUUUUUCAAGUCACAUGGACCCUGGAAUAUACUAGAGUAUCUAUAUAUCAUUCUAACGAACAAACAAAAACUUCUCCAAGCAGAUAACAAAAUAAGCCAAAAUAAGCAGACAACUGACGUCACGAACUCUUUUAUAGUUUUGUUAUACAAUAUCAUCUAAAUAUAUUCAAAAUAUUACGAUUAAACGUGAUGGCAAUGCUAUUUAUGCGGAAUUUCAGCGCCGCAGCAGUCAGUAUUAACACUUAAACCUUGUUAUCAACCAGCAGCUUAUUAAUAUAGUAAUUUGUCUAUCGUUGGUUAAAGGUUAAAAAAGUAACUGCUGACUCAACUACGAUCAGUUGAGGUGUGGCAGACGAAUCCACGUCUGGCCACUGUGUUGGCCUGGGCAUUCUUCGCAUGGACAAUGAUCGGUAAUGGUAUGCGUGCCGAUACAAGGGAUCUUUCAUUGUCGUUUAUGUACAGGAACCAAAAUGUAUAUAAGGACAUCAAAAAAACCUAUCAAAUAUUGACUUUUUAAUCGUUGCCCUUAAUAUGAGUCAAAGGUGAGGCCCUGCCAAGAAUGCUAGACACGUGAAGAGAAUGCAUGUUUCAAGAAGGUGUUUGUGCUAGUGCAACAAUCCUAUACAAUGCAAUUUUCAGUGUUUAACGAUCAUAAAUGGAUAGUACAAGUAUAAUCAAAUAUGCCGCCUUCUUAACGAUAAAGCUGAAGUUGAAAAAACUAAGGUCUAUGGUGAUCAAUACAUCACAUCCGUCGCUGGCGCUAUUGAAGUGAGAUAAAAACGAAGAUGCUGACACCUGAAUUAAAACAGACAUAAUAAAAUUCAUAAUAAAUAUACAGGUAAUUAAGAAUAAACUAAAGCUAGUACAUGCGUUAUGCACGAAACAAAGGUUUUGUGCGUGUUUUAUUUAACUUGAGGUCAAUUUUAUUAGAGGGCUUUUUGGACGCUUAUGGUGCGGAUUAUUGAACUAGCUGUAUGCGAGCCAUGGGCAGUAUUAAGGACGAUCUGUUCGUACCACUAUCAAGAAGUAUGUAAGGAUCGCAAAUUCAGUAGAAUAAAUAAAGUAAUUUAGCAAAGCUAGAUAAUUAUUUUCUGAUUAAAGAGAAAAUGCUCUAGGUACGGCUAUCAGGUUGGGUCGAAAGCUACAGAAUUAUAGAAAGUCUCGACACAAAUGUUCAAACGAUAAUUUUACGUUCGUCUUUAUACGGGCUCAAAGUGAUUUAAUAUUUCAAUUCUACAAAUGAUCUAUAUUAUGAAUCACAAAUUGCUCAACUCUGCUCUGUUGGGUCUGGUUUAAAAUCGGAGCCUGCGGUACAUAAAGUGAUUUAAAAAUUUAUGUGAAAUUUGGAAACAACAGAUACUGACAGUUACUACUGUUCAGUUUCCGUGUAGAUGUAAAUUGGAUAAUUAUGAAUGGCUGACGAAGGCAGCUGAUUGCCGUGCUUUUUUUGAUUAAGGUUUGUUGAGUUGAAGAGCAUAGGUCACGAAAUUCUUCAAAACGGAAAUGCAAGGGAUACAUUAAAAAUUGACUUUGCCUUUUGCUUGUGGAGCUAAAUAAAGAGUGCCUUGAACCCGAGCUGCUUAACUCUCACCGUUAACCGUCACCGGAAGUGAAUUCGUGUGAAAGUUACCCGCUGAUAGUCGCUAGGUGGUUAACCCCGCAAGACAUCUGGGUCUAUGUAGGUAGACAGACAGUAUUGAAAAUGCAGAGCGUUUACUACUAUGGCAUCAUUACAGUUUUUUGCACGCCGUUUACUUUUCAGUACUAUAUAUACAAUAUUAAAGGUGGGGCUUCUUAUUAGUGCUUUCAUCAUGAUCUUUUCUUAUCAUCACGGUCAUUCAGCAUAUCAGUUUCAUUUCUCUAUUCGCGCGAUAAAUCCGGCAAAUCAGCACUGAUGCAUUUAUGAGGAUAAAAUUCAAAAGUGUAGCACGGUAAAGGAUAUUUAUUGCGACCAUUUAAUGGAGAAUGUUUAUGCUAAACGCCAAUCACUUUUUUUACAAAAUGAUCGUUGUAUUCUACUGUCAACGGGAAAUAACCAAGACUGUCGGGUCAGUGUCGAUUUUUAUGCGUGGGUUCCCGGGGAUGCGCGGAAAACCCUCGGCAUACAAUUCAAUGCUUGCCAUUUGAGAAGGGGAUUCACAUCAACCCUUGCCGCGUCCAGGGCUUGAACUCGCGGCCCAUCUUCUUCUUAUAUAUGAUUUUAAUACCGUCUUAGACUACUCGAGCUAACGUAACGCACGAGAAAACACUAUUGUGUCAGUAGAGGAGCAAUACAUAGUACAUGGCUGAAGCACAGACCCACUGACCAUGAUUCAACAAUUGCUACGACCAGGAUCGUCCAUGGAAAACCGUCCUGUCGUUUUUUUUGUAGUCUAUAUACUCACAUUGAUGAUAUGCUCGACAAAAGCUUGCGUCCACAAGGGAACCGAGUGCAUCGAUUAUAAAGUACUUCGCAACGGCACGGGUUUCGAGGAACGAUUGUACCCUGCGAGUAAAUGGAUAACAGCUCGAACCAGAGCGUCGAGCCUGUACGAGGCUAGCCGAAAGUCGUUCAUGAAGCUUGUUUACUACAUUCAGGCUUUCAACAAAGAAAAUGUUACAGUUGAGCUCACUACUCCUCAUCGAACGAAGAUCUAUUGGGGAGCGAGCGGUCGGACCAACGCGGAGUAUUCACUCUCCUUUCCUUUGCCUAUGAGUCUUUAUAAAAAACCACCGACGCCCAAGGAUGCAGAUGUUAGCAUCGAUGAGGAGUCUGAGCGGAGAUACCUUAUCAAGCGCUUUGGUGGACGUCCAAGUGAACAGGAGUGGAUUGAGAUUGGGCGAACGUUUUAUCUCGGAGUUGGGCGACGAGAUCCACGAGUUGAGAGGAAUUACUUCUAUACCGCUCGUUACGAUAUGAUCUACUUUAUUAAUGAACGAAAGAACGAAAUAUGGUUACCGCUUAGAGACGAUAUUGGCUUCUAAAAAAGAUCAAAUUAUAUAGAACAUUUUCGUAUCUCCAAUACCGUGUGCGACUCGGUUGUUUCGUCACUGCUUAUUAGAUAAGCAAAAAGGCAAUAUAGCAGAAUUAUUUUUUUAAAACAUCCUUUCCAUGUGAAAAACGUUUGUGUUUUUCUGAGCUGCUGAAUAAUACACAUUAUUAAAGGUACAAAAAAAAAGUAAAGAAAAAUAACACAAAACCUAACAAAAGCUCUGACUUUCUGGAAGCCAACCCAAACUCAAGUGACCGAGAGAAUAAUAGAGCGUAUAAUAACGCACACUAAGAGAAUCAUGAAAGGUUUUUGAAAAUGCAAUAUAAUUAACAUUUACCAUAGACUUAAUUUGGUGCACACUAUUACAGUGGGAAGUAUGAGAUUAAAGCUUUCUAAAUGUUGAGCAGAUUUACUAGUUGUGGGGUGGUGACACGCAAUGUAGAUAUAAUAGUUUUCCUGAGAAAUUUCGGCUGGUCCCGAUAAUUGCAGGUGA